GCUAUCCAUACUUGCUCUCGUUUCAUUUUCCGAGUUUCUGGGCUGAGCCGAGCGCGAAGAGAAGCGGUAGGAAGAAGACGAAUCCUUCGCACUUAUUUGUUUGCCAUCUCUUUCAUGCCUUUCUUGGACCUCGCAUCGCCUGGCUCGCUCUGUUUUCUGCUUUUCCUCUCCCGCAGAUCGAGAAAACCAGCAGUUGUUCCCAUUUGAUGCGAGCCUUCUGCCCUCUUUGUCGUUCACCUUCUCCGCCUUUCAUGGGGGGAAGAGAUUUGGUCCAUUUGGAGUUGGCGUUAGAGGUUUACUGUUUCUGAGGAUUCGAGAGGUGGGUUUUUCAUCGUAGAUGGGCACUAAUGUGAAUCUGUCGGGUAAGGAGGAUGGGAACCAGGGAGGCUCUUCGUCGCAGCAGGGAGGAGGUGGAGGGGCUGGUGGUGACACAGCCUCUAGUGGCCUAAGAACUAGCAACGGCACGGCGGCGAAGAUGACGGCUACGGCGGCUUCGUCGCAAGCGCUGAAACACGACCCGGGGCUUACCGUGGAUUGGAACGCCGAGGAGCAGGCGACUUUGGAAGAGAUGUUGAGCAGAUACGCAUCUGACCCACCACUAGUUCGCUAUGCAAAAGUUGCUAAGCAUCUUCCAGAGAAAACUGUUCGAGACGUGGCUUUGAGAAGUAGAUGGAUGACUAAAAAAGAAAGUGGAAAAAGAAGGAAAGAUGACAGUCUAUCAAGGAAAAGCAAAGAUAAAAAGGAGAGGGCUACUGAUUCAUCAGCAAAACCUUCACCUAACCUAGCGGCACGGCCUAAUGUCCCUCCUUAUGCUAUGCCAAUGCUUUCCAUGGAGAAUGAUGAUGAUAUUUCAUGCAAAGCAAUUGGAGGACCAACGGGACAACUCCUUGAUCAGACUGCACAUAUCUUCAACCAAAUUUCUGGGAACUUUAAUCAUUUUCAGAUAAAUGAUAACAUUACUUUGUUCUGCCAAGCACGAGACAACAUCCUCAACAUCAUGAAUGAAUUGGAUGAUGUACCUGGCAUAAUGAGCCAGAUGCCACCACUUCCAGUUAGAUUGAAUGAGGAGCUAGCCAACACUAUUCUCCAACGGUCUCCUAUGCCCCCACCAGCAUAACAUAAUGGUGUUUCUUUGACCAUUUCUGUUAGUUUAGUAGAGUUCUCUAUGGAAAGAAAUUAUGACACCUUGCCUGCACCUUAGUUUUCUUGGUAUGCUUUGUAGCAAGUAGGUGUUAUUGGGAAGAAAGUGUCAAUUUGUUUAUAGUUAAUAUUUUAGGGUUUGGAUGGGGCUGAUUGGUGCUUGUUAUGUAUAUGGUUAGGGCUCUAAAAUAAGCUCGAGCUAGCCCAAGCUUUGUUUGGCUCUGCUCCUUGAAAAAUACUCUUCUUGUUUGUGAAGAAUGAAGAUCAAGUCUAAUUGAAGUUCUUAUGUAGUUA